UUCAGGACACCGAUAUCACUGAGAAAAUUGACAAUGUAGAUCAGUCAUCGAAUGUACCAAUAGGAGAGAGUAUCGUUGGUGAAAAUGACACCGAUAUGACGGAGAAUCCUAAAAUUUUUACUCAAUUGAUGAAUGUACCAAUAGAACAAAGUAAAUGUACAUUGCUUUGUCGCUCUACUACUCAGAAUUAGACAAAUGAUGGUUCAUCAGUAACAGAAACAGCAAGACAGUUAAUGAUUGAAGUUGAUCCUAACAGUCCCACAAAAAUUUGCAUAUAAAAAAGCCUUAUUACAACAUGUUGUCUCCCAUUAAUUCUGGCGAAAGUGACGCGGAUUUAAGCGAUUUUAAUCCCACAUAUAAAGUUGAAAACGACAUCCCUAAACGCAAAAAAAAAAAUUGUUACUGGAAAAUCCUAAAAAAAUACACAGAGAUCCAUUGGUCACACAAGAAGUCCCUCAUCAAAUCUUGCCAUCUUUUAGUGAAAAAUCUUCGACGAGAGAUUCAUCAUCCUCUGAACGAGAAAGUGACGAUCAGCAGAAAUCAAAGAAACGUAUUAUGUCAACCCAGUAAAUGGAAAAAAAUAUGUGUAAAGAAAACAGAAACAAGGGGAAAAACUAUAUAUCGAAUUAACAAUAACAAACAUCUUAAAGAAUCGAGAAACAUCAAGCUAGACAUUGACCAUGCAACGAGAUUGAAACUAUUUCAAGAGUUUUUGGAUCAAGGUGACAUAAAUUUACAAAGAAUAUACCUUACUUCAUGUACGACAGAAGUGACACCAAAGUACAUGUAUAGCAACACAGAAACGCCCAGAAAUCCGAAUAAAGCUUAUCUUACAGUGGAAGGUAUUAAAGUGAGAGUACACAAGCAGUUCUUUCUCAACACUUUAGACAUUCCUGAAAAAAUUAUUCGCACUGCUUUAGCGAAGAAGACUUCAUCUGGUACAGUCACGAAAGAUAUGCGUGGACGCCACGAAAAUCAUCACACCAUCAACCCCGUUCUAAUAGAAGACAUCAAGAGGCACAUAAAUUCAAUCCCACGAGUGGAAUCCCAUUAUUUGAGAGCUUCCACUUCUCGUGAAUAUAUAGAUGGGAGCAAAGCAAUGGCUGUCCUCUAUCGAGAUUUUAAACAACAACAAGAAACUGAUCAUAAGGAGGCAGGCACUUAUCAUACAUAUUAUCACGUGUUCAACAAAGAAUUCAAUAUUUCAAUUCAUACCCCUAAAAAAGAUCAAUGCGACCUUUGUGUUGCCUAUGGUAAUGCAGAUCUAUCAAGUCGAGAAGAAAUGGAGGAGAAAUAUGCCAAAUAUCAUGAAGAGAAACUGCGGACAAACUAGGCAUAACCCCAAAAAAUAAAGUAGUAGUUUACGACCUGCAAGCAGUGUUCCAUUGUCCCAAUGGUGAUGUAUCUUCAUUCUAUUAUAAAUGUAAGAACAAUUCGUACAAUUUCACAAUGACGAAGUUGUCAAACCCACAACAAAGCAAGUCGGCGUACGGCGAUGUCCACGGUUUUUUGUGGACUGAAGUCACAGCUAAACGCGGUGCGAAUGAAAUUGGAUCCUGUGUGCUCCAAUAUUUGAAAAAAUGCAGUGAUCAAAGUCAGGAACCUUUGGACAUGAUAUUCUUAUCUGAUAACUGCUGCGGACAACAGAAGAACAAAGGAACCCGCACAAACCUUAUGGAAAUUAGGUCCCAGUGGAUUUCGUUCAU